AAUUACAGAGCACUGCUCACGGUAUGGAACUGCUAAGAAUAAGUCUGUGCAGAUCUCUAAAUGUCUUUCCAGAAACAACUUAUUGAAACAAAAACCAGGAAUGAGCAGCUUUUGCUUGAAAAUAUAAAUCUCAAGAAAGAUUUGGAAACAAGACCAACUGCACAGGAAUUAAAACUUUACAAGCACCAAGUGAAGAAACUAGAGAAAACUUUAAAGAAAACUAUCAAAUCUUCAGAGAGUAGUACCGGAGAAAGAACAGAAGAAAAGAAAGAAUCUGAGAGUAUCGCAGGGGUGGAUAGGCUGCAGGCAGUUUGCCAACAGUACUUAAAGGUUUUGUCCCAUAUUGAUUCUAUCUUGCAAAGCCCAAGAGCUCCUCCGUUAAUAUACAGGCGCAGUAAAGGGCCAGUGCAAAAUUACAUUAAAGAGAAUGGACAGGAAUGUGGAUUUGAGCACCUUUCACCCACUAUAGAAAUGUGGGCAGAUCAGCUAAUGGCCCUGAAGGAUUUGCAUAGGUCCUUGAGAAAACUGUCUCUGGAAUUGGCACCCUGGCACACUGAAGAUCUACAAGACAACAGGGAGUCUAUACGAGUUGAAGACCUCCAGUUCAUAGUAGAUGCCAUUUUGGAAGAAAUAGAAAAUAAGGAAAAGAACAGCCAGACACCAUCCGUACCAACCCUGUUAGCAAUAGUCUCUCACUUCCAGAAGUUGUUUGACGUGAAUUCUCUCAGUGGCAUUUAUCCACGAAUGCAUGAGGUUUACACAAAGCUUGGGGAAAUGACCAACGCCAUGAGAAAUCUCCAGGAGCUCCUGGAACUAGACAGCUCGGCUCCACCCACUGUGGUAGUGGAUACUGUUGGGAAACUGUGUGACAUAAUUAAUGAGGACGUGACUGAGCCGGUACAGCAGCUUCUGGGGACCCAGGACGUCCACAGUAUAAUCAAUAAGUUAGAAGAACAUGAGUGCUUCUUUCCACCAUUUCAAGCUCUCAUUCAAGAUUUGCUCUGUCUUCUAGAGAUCUGUAAGCUGGAUGAUAUUUUACCUACAGUGCGAAAGUUGAAGUUGGCAGCUAGUUAAGGGUUACUCUGGUCUUCUUUAGCAAGAUCAUCUUACCUGUGACAGAACACAUUGGUGCCUAUGACAUGACAGCUACCUCUAUCCUCUAUUACCCUAACCAAAAGACUUUUAACAUAAUUAAAAGCUGCUGCAUUUUUCUUAUUUUUCUUAAUUCUUUGUCAUUUUAAGAAAAACCCACUAUAACUCCAGUCAGCCAUCCUUGAAAGAGAACUGGUAUGCUCUGUAUCAGCCCAGGAAACUGAACCCAGCCCAAGGCCAGAUGUGCUCUAACCGCUAAGCAUUCUGAAUGUUGCUGACACAGUAAGCAUGAGAUAAAGGUGCUCUAACUGCCUUAGCCAUAACAGUUCCAUCAAUGGCCUGUGUUGGUUUGCUGGACAGCCUAUUUUAAAAUGUUUACAUUUUCAGAUCAGUUUGGGAUGUGAGCAGAUUUUUACUGUGUGAGUUAUGUAUUGCUGGUUAUGGAUGGAGGCAGACUAGAUUUGUGUAAUCUAAGCCAAAUGUAUUUGAAACUUGUUUCAGGUGGUGGUUUAUGGGCUUCUGCCUAGCACAGAUUUGAAGCUAUAUAUUUCGAAAGGCAUAGAUCAAGAUCAUUAUGCAAGACAGAAGUUUAUUGUACAGAAACAAUACACCAAGCUUCCAAAAAUAGUUUUGGUAUAAUUUGCUCUGCUGUUAAGAAAGCUUACUUUACAAAAUUCUGCUGUUCCUCAGGCAGAACACUUUACUAUCAAGGUUUACAAGAUUUUGAAAUGUACUGCAAUAAAGAACAAAAUACGUUAAGGCAUCACAAACUGAAACCUUAAUGACUUGGUGAACUGAUCUCCCUCCUCUUGGAAGCUCGUUAUAUACGUAUCUGCCAAGAUACUUUUGAACAGUGGAAUAGCAAUUUCUUAGUUUCUCAAAAACCAGUUGCCAUUAGAGUCUGAAACAGGUUCUUCCAACGGCUUCUGUAGCCCUCAGAUGAAGAAUGCUGUUUAAAAUUUAUUCUGUGAGAAGUACAAGGCUUUCAUGUUAAAACAACAUGAAUCGGAUCCUGGGGAAACGAGACUGCCAAGCAAAGUAAUAACACUGAGCUGACACUCUGAAGGAUCUCCAGGCACAACACUUCCUUAAGAGGGUAUCCAUAUUUGAGGGUUCUCUGGGAGAGAGGUGCCAGAAAUAGCAAAAAUAAAGAACUCCUUAUUGAGGGGCAAUUUAUCCCAAUGUGGGGCGGUUUUGUUUGUUUGUUUGUUUUUUUUUCUGAGUAGGAUCCUUAAAUUUACAUGUCCUGAGCUGAAGACUGCUUCAGAUUUGCAGUGACUGUUCAAAACACGUUAAUUACAGGAGAUAUAUACAUUCUUACAAAGUUGAAAAAUUAGUAACUUAUGUACAUGAGAAGAAAUCAUGUUUUCUUGCUCCUACUCCUUGUCAGCUCAUACCUGCAAGACAGACACAAGUAAUUACAGUUGUUGCAGACUUUCUUUAAUGUUUUAACUGGCACAGUAGGGAGAACUUGGGCUGCUUUAUGGCCUGUGCUCCACAGGCACCAUGGCAAAGGAGCUGCGGGGACGGGGUCAGCCUUCACCAGGAACUUGGAAUGAGUCAUUUCCUCCUGCUCUGUAAUUGCCAUAUCCCUCUGUGAGGCACACAGGCAAGCAGGGCCAAGGGAACUUGGUUUUCCCACCCUGUCUGCAUGGAUGGCAGGCUUCUGGACUACCCGUGCUUCAUUUCUUGGGCUCCAUUGAAGCAGAAAGAAGGAAGAACUACCACUGUUAACUACAGACAUAGAAGGGGGAAAAAAACCAAACCUUGGUUCUCAGUCUUUGCCUCAUUCCAAUGCUUAACUGAACCACAAUGAACACACAAGCAAAAUUGCAAGUGGCUUAUUAUAAUAGUUGCUGUAAAUGCUUUGUAAUUAAAGUUUUAUCAUAUAUAUAUAUAUUGCUGAUCAGACUAUUAAUUUAGUUAAGAUCUUUAUCCAAGUUAAAAUUUGUCACAAGGUUGCUUUAAUAAACAUAAUUCUUUU